AGUGUGAAAUUAUGUCUAAUGCGGCAGAGAUACCAACAGGUCUAAAGGAGCUACUGCAAGCCUUCACUGUGGAGGUCCUCCAUCAUAAACCAGAUAAUUUGGUGGAAUUUGCUGUUCAACAUUUCAGCAGCCUUUUGGAAACUCAAAAUAAAAACAGCCAACAAUCUAACCAGCAGCCAAAGAAACUGAGCUUCAGAUCUGCAAAGAGAGGAGUGACUUUUGAGAACAAAUCAGACCAAACCAAAGAGAAAGAGAAAGAUGAAGAGGAAAGCACAGACAAGUGCACAACUGGGAAAUACAGUCGCAGAGUGUCAGUUUGUGCAGAGGCGUACAACCCCGAUGAUGACGAGGAGGAUGAUUCAGAGCCCCGUGUGGUCCAUCCCAAAACAGACAUACAGAGACGAAGAUUGCAGGACGCCUGUCGCGACAUCCUCCUGUUCAAGACCCUGGAACAGGAGCAGUUCUCUGAGGUAUUGGACGCCAUGUUUGAGGUGCAGGUCAAACCAGAGGAGCACAUCAUAGACCAGGGCGACGACGGAGACAACUUCUAUGUGAUCGAGAAGGGUGUCUAUGAUAUAUUUGUGAAAAAGGGGGAUAAAGACUUGUGUGUGGGAAAGUAUGACAACAAAGGCAGUUUUGGGGAGCUGGCUCUGAUGUACAACACCCCACGAGCUGCUACUAUCGUGGCCACACAGGAGGGGGCGCUAUGGGCUCUGGACAGAGCCACUUUCCACAGGCUCAUUGUGAAGAACAACGCAAAGAAGAGGAAGAUGUAUGAAGCUUUCAUUGAAUGUGUCCCUCUCUUGACAUCUCUGGAGAUUUCUGAAAGGAUGAAAAUUGUGGAUGUUCUUGGAAUCCGAGUAUUCAAAGAUGGAGACUGCAUUAUCAAAGAGGGGGACCAAGCUGACUGUUUUUACAUUGUUGAAUCAGGAGAGGUCAAAAUCAUGAUAAAGAACGUUAAUAAGACAGUCCAAGAUGGCGCUGAAGUUGAAGUGGCACGGUGCACUAGGGGGCAGUAUUUUGGAGAACUCGCCCUAGUCACCAACAAACCCAGGGCUGCAUCUGUGUAUGCUGUGGGAGAGGCAAAAUGUUUAGGCAAGUUAAAGUGAAGUUAUUUAUAUCUUGUUUACAUUUUGUUUUGAGAUAACAGAAAGAAUGAAAGUUUGUUUUUUAGUCAUUGACAUCCAGGCAUUUGAGCGUCUGCUGGGCCCCUGUAUGGACAUCAUGAAGAGGAACAUUUCCCAGUACGAGGAGCAAAGGAUGGCGCUGUUUGGGUGUGCUGUAGAUCUGAACAAUUAGGGACUUGAAAUU